GUAAAUUAAUUCAUUAUGUAGUUGUUCUCAUGUCAUCUCUCACUGGAGUUGUAAUUGCUUUUGUCGUUUCCUUUUUGGCAAGUAACAUAUUAAACAUGUUAUUCUUUACUUUUCCAUUCAUACAUUCAUACUUCAUGUUUGACUGAAUUGUUGAUGUGUUUGUUUGUUACGGUCUUACUUGCUAUGUUUCUUCUAUUUUUGACCUAUACAUAGAGGCAUGUCUUAUCCUCUUUAUGGGAGUAUCAUAUAAUGUAUUCUAGCUCUGUUCUGAGAGUAGAUUGCAGAUCAUAACCACCUGUUUGCUUGUUGUUGUUGUGAUCUGUUAAACUGACUUUUCUGGAAGCUAUGUGCAUUGUAUGGAUCUUAUUUUCUGAAUUUUGCCUAUAGUCUUUCUCAUUUACAUAUUUUUCUGUUGUCAGACAUUGGAAGAAGUGCAGAAUUUGAACCUUCCUCUGUGUUAGAGGAAAACCUCAGCAAGUUGUCGAAGAAUGUUCCCUGAUAUUUAUAUUCCUCCACAAUCUCCACUGACUGCCUCAGCCAUCUGUCUCUGUUUGGGGGAAAGGUCACAAUCAUCUCCUUGGUCUUAUUUAUGUUGAGCUUCCACACCACUCCACAAAGUCCUGCAAAGCUGAGCUGUAUAAACAUAGACAUGUAUGACCAAUAGCUGAAGACAAUUGUACUUUUUUACCAUUUGCAAAUGUUUAAGCACAUUUAGACAAAUGACAAAGUAUGAAAAAUGUUCUUUCUGUUGUGCAUAAGGAAUAAAAUGUCACUUCUGUACAUUUUGUUUUGGUGACUUGAACUGUCAUUUGAGAAUUGAGUCAAAGCAACUGAGAAAAACUGUAAACUGGAGAGAAAACAUGCAGAUGUCUCCAUGGGAGGGGGGGGGGGGGGCUAGUGAAUAAUAGUGGGUGUGAACAUAAAGCUGAAUCACUUCCUGCUGUCUCAUGUGUUGAAAUGAAAAGAGGAGGAAGUAACUUCGGUUUCAUUCAACUUCCUCUAAUCAAACGAUGACUGACAGUAAGUAUAUAAACACAGGAAGAGACUUUGUAACAUUCAAUGACUUUUUAAUUAGUUUGAAUCUUAAUGUGUUUUGUUUUCUGUGCAACGUUUCUUCUUUACUGAAGUCUGAGGUGUCGGGUGAAAGAAUGUGGAAGGGGAAAGCAGAGUCUCCGUCUGCCGUGGUUCCAACAACAUCACAAUGUGCUACAACUCAGAGAGAUGCAGAAAGCACAACAAUCAGCGCCCAGCAUGGAUCUAUCAUCAACCAACCUCAGCUGACAGGUGUUAAUGUUACAGGGAAUAUAACUACGAAUAUCAACAACACAUAUGGUAAAUGUUUCCCCUGAAUUUAAAAUUCAAGCUCCUGCCAGGACAGACGAGACCGCUGCUUCUCCCAAAACCAAAGAAAACAUCCAAAGGUGCCAAGAAGAACUACAAUCUUACCUUGAAGAUGAAACAGAGAAUCUGUUUCAAGGAACAGAGAAAGAUGGAUCAUCAACUCCUAUGAACAAGAUCUAUACAAAGUUAUACAUCACAGCGGGAGGCAGUGGGGAGGUUAAUAGUGAACAUGAAGUUGUUGUAUUAGAAUGUAGAAGGUGUACAAGUGAGGAGGAAAUCCAACUCAAUGACAUUUUGAAAGCUUUACCAAACGAAGACAAGCCUCCACAGAGAGUUCUGACAAAGGGAAUUGCUGGCAUUGGAAAAUCUGUUGCUGUGCAGAAAUUCACUCAUGACUGGGCAGUUAGAGAAGCAAACCAAAGCUUUCAGUUCAUAUUUCCAUUCACAUUCAGAGACCUGAAUUUAAUAAAAGAUAAGCUUUAUAGUCUUGUGGGUUUAAUAGCUGAAUACUUUGACUUGGACUUGGAAACUUCAGACUACAAAAGUUGUAGUAUUUUGUUCAUCUUCGAUGGCCUGGAUGAAAGCAAACUCCCGCUCAACUUUGAGAAAAAUGAGAUAUGCCGCAUCGUUACAAAGACCACAACAGUAGACGCCUUACUGACCAACUUAAUCUCAGGGAAACUGCUUCACAAAGCCUCGGUCUGGAUCACAAGUAGACCGGCUGCAGCCAGUAAGAUUCCUCCCAAAUUCAUCAACAGAGUGACCGAGGUACGAGGCUUUAAUGAAAAGCAGAAGGAGGAGUACUUUCUAAACAAAAUCAGUGACAACGAUGUGGCUCAAAAGAUUUGCGAUCAUCUUCAGUCAAAGCCGUUGAGAACUCUGUACAUCAUGUGCCACAUCCCAAUGUUCUGUUGGAUUACAGCCACGGCUCUUCAGAGUCUCCUCACAGGAGCUCACGAUAGUGAGUUACCCAAGACUGUGACUGAAAUGUACACACACUUCCUGAUUAUCCAGACAACACGGAAAAAUGAGAAGGAUUAUCAGGAAGUUGAAACAGACAAAGAUAGGAAGAAAGAAAGAGAUAAAGACAUGAUCAUGAAAUUGGGAAAGCUGGCAUUUGAGCAGCUACAGAAGGGCAACAUAAUCUUCUAUGAAAAAGAUCUGAAGGAGUGCAAAAUUGACCUGAAAGAAGCUGCAGUUUAUUCAGGAGUUUGUACACAGAUCAUAAGGAAAGAAUCAGGUCUUCACAGACAGGAGGUUUACUCUUUUAUACAUUUAAGUGUGCAGGAGUUUCUUGCAGCUCUUUAUGUGUUAGAGACCUUCAUAGAGAGUGGACAAAAUCUGCUUCCCAGCCAAUCAAAGGUUAGAAUCAGAUCACUGAGUGGAGAAAGUCUUAUGGUCCUCCUCCACAAGACUGCAGUGGAUAUGGCCUUAGCCAACGAUCAUGGACAAUGGGACUUGUUUCUGCGCUUCCUGCUUGGUCUGUCACAGGACAAGAAUCAGAGUCUUCUUCAGAACGUGUUUGGAUUUGAACUAAGAUGUCCAGUGAAUAACCAGGAAACAAUCACCUACAUUCACAGGAAGAUCAAGAAUCUGUCCCACACUGACAAGAGUAUCAAUCUUUUCCAGUGUUUAAAUGAACUUGGUGACCAGUCUCUGGUAGAGCAAGUCCUCAAGUAUCACAACUUAGGAGAUGUUAGUAACAUUUCACCUGCACAUUGGUCAGCUUUGGCCUUUGAAGUGCUUCUUUCUAACGAAGACCUGGAUGUGUUUGACCUGAAGAAAUACUACAAGUCAGAUGAAGUUCUGGAGAGGCUGCUGCCAGUGCUCAAAGCAUCAAAGACCGCUCUGCUGAGUGACUGUAACCUCACUGAUAGAUGCUGCGAGUAUCUUUCAUCAGCUCUCAGCUCAAAGUCUUCUGGUCUGGAGGAGUUAGACCUGAGCAGGAAUCAACUGCUGGACUCUGGAAUAAAGCUUCUUUCUGAUGGCCUCAAAAGUCCUGACUGCAAACUCCAGAGACUCAGUUUGAAAGAAUGUGGCGUCACAAUCAAAGGAUGCCAGUCUUUGGCCGGUGGUCUGUCUUCCAACUCCUCCCAUCUCAGAGAGCUGGAUCUCAGCCACAAUAAGUUUCAUGAUGGAGGACUGAAGCUACUUUCAAAAGUUCUCAACAAAUGCUCUUUGAAAACACUGAGGUUAUCUGAGUGCGGCAUUAAAGAGGACGGAUGCAAAUGUCUGGCUUUGGCUCUCCGCUCAAACCCAUCUCACCUGAAAAACCUGGAUCUGAGCAGGAACAGUUUUGGAGAACAGGCAGUCGCUCAUCUCUGUGGCUUUUUGAGGCAACCUGACUGCCAGCUGGAGAGACUAUGGCUUUCCAAGACAAACCUACAAAAGGAGAGUGCAGCAGCUCUGGCCUCAGCUCUGGCUUCAAACCUGUCCCAGCUGAGGGAGUUGGAUCUGGGAGAGAACAAACUGGAAGACGCCGGAGUGAUGGAGAUCUCGUCUCUGCUGAAGGAUCCAAUCUGCAAAAUGGAAAAACUGAGACUAGCCGGCUGUCGGUUCACAGCGAGAGGCUGUGCUGCUCUGACUUCCAGUCUGCGGUCGAAUCCCGCCCACCUGAGGGUUCUGGAUCUGGCAAGAAAUGACCUCCGAGACAGCGGCGUCCAACUCCUCUCUGAGCUCUUGGCAGAGUCACUUUGCCAACUGGAGACACUGAACCUGAGAUGCUGUACGAUAACGGCGCCCGGCUGUCAGUCUUUAACCUCGGCCCUCAGCGGCUCCUCCGCUCUCAAAGAGCUCGACCUGGCCUACAACCGGCUGAUGGACCAGGGGGUGGAGCUGCUCUGUGACUGGCUGAGGAAUCACCAGUGUAGACUGGAGAUACUCAGGUUAUCAGAGUGCACAGAGAGCGGCUGUGCGUCUCUGGCUUCGGCUCUGAGGUCGAACACUUCUCAAGUCAGAGAGCUGGAGUUGAUGAAGAGCCAUCCAGGAGAAUCGGGUCUGACGCUGCUGUAUGAGCUACUGAACGACCAAGAGUACAGACUGCAGACACUGACGGUACCAACAUGAACAGCAAAAACCACCCGAGUGACACUGAGAGACUGAACCUUAAAUACUCUGCUGUGAGAACCUCACUAGGGAUACGUGUCAUUAAAACCGAAUAAUCUAACAAUCAUUCGUAGGGUCUAAUAUGAAGGCUUCAUUAACAGCUGCUGGAGAGUAAUUUUCACUUCCAGACACUAGGAGGAGCUCUAAGCUUCUCGUGUUGAAGUAGAACCUGAAACACAGAGUGAAUGUUUCCUGCUGCCCUCGGCUACUUUGACUCAGUAGUAAGUUAUCCUGCUAGCAAGCUAACUGGAGGGAACAUGAUGGUAGUAAGUUAUCCUGCUAGCUAGCUGACUGGAGGGAACAUGAUGGUAGUAAGUUAUCCUGCUAGCUAGCUGAAUGGAGGGAACAUGAUGCAGACGAAGACACACAAAAGUCCAGCGUGGUUUAAAAGCUUCCAGAAAGUAAAGGAUAAUGUUGUCAGGUGUGAAAUAUGUGGAGCAGAGUUGAGCUAUGGUGGCUUCACAUGGACAAAAAGCUGCUCACCUGUCUGUAUCUCAGGAUGGGUCUAACUGUGACCUCCAUGAUGUCUUGCUGCAUUGAGUCACUGAGCUGUGUAGUCUACGUUCAGCCACUAGGAGGAGCUAUAAGUAGAACCUGAUACUGCUGCCCUCGGCUACUCUGACUCGAUAGUAAGUUAGCCUGUAGCCCGUCUUUAAUGUAAUAAGCCAGAGGGGUCAAACAUGCGGCCCGUGGGCCAGAACAGGCCCACUUUCCUCCAUUCCUUCCUUCCUGUCUUCUUUUCCUUCUUUCCUUCCAUCCAUCCUUCCCAUCCUUCCUUCCUUCCAUCUGUCCUUGCUCCCUUCCUUCCUUCUUGUUGUCUCUUCCUUCUCUUCCUUCCUUCCUUCCUUCCUUCCUCCCUUCCUUCCUUCCACCUGUUAUAUUUUUAGGGGUCUGUAAGCCUGUAAGAUUUAUUCUGUUAAUUAAUGUGUUUGUGUAAAGAAAUGAAGGCUGAUUAUCAUUUACAUUAAUACAAGUUUGUGCAGUUAAAGCUUGUUGUUUGUUAUGAAUAUUGAAAGUUAGUUUUUGACACAUUAUCUAUUUGUAAAUAUUGGCAUGCAGCGAAUAUUCAGUUUGUUGUAGAUUGUACCUACCGCUUAGUCGACUAUGAAAAGAAUGGGCUUAUGCACAUCCCUAAACCUUAUAUAGAGGUUUUCUAUUUUUAAAGAGAGUUUAUUAGUAAAUUAUUGGAUGCAUCCUGAUUCUUUUUUUAAACUUGCAUUAACUGAUGUUUUGUCCACUGAAUCAUCAUCAGCUUUAAACUGAUAUAUUAAACUUGUUAACUGAC